ACCCGCGGAAGGUGACUGCCGCCAUGGGCAAGAAGAAGAUCGCGAAGAGGUCUAAGAUCAAGUCUUUCGUGAAGGUGUACAACUACAACCACUUGAUGCCCACCCGGUACUCGGUCGACAUUCCUCUGGACAAAACAGUGGUAAACAAGGACGUGUUCAGGGACCCCGCACUGAAACGCAAGGCGAGGCGUGAAGCCAAGGUGAAGUUUGAGGAGAGGUACAAGACAGGCAAGAAUAAGUGGUUCUUCCAGAAGCUGCGGUUCUAAAGGUGUAACAAGGCUGCAUCAAUAAAUGUUUAUUAAAAACCA